CGCCGCUUUCCUCCUCCUCCUCCUACUCGGCUUCUUCAUCUUCCUCCGAAUACAAAAUGACUUACAAAUACGAUGUAUUCUUAACUUUGAGAGAUCCCUACGGUCGCCUAAAACCACAUCUUGAAAGCUCUCUAAGAGAUGCUGGAAUUUCCGUUUUCGUUGAUGAAGAAGAAGAGGGAUUUUCCUUACACGAGACCAUACAAAGGUCAAGAGUUGUGGUGGUCUUCUUCACACCAGAGUUUCUCGAGUCUCGGAUGUGUCUUAAGCGACUGAUGACCACAAUUAUGUGGUAUCACAACGCUAUGAGAAAAAAAGUUUUGCCAGUGUUCUGCGGAGUGACCCAUGGGGAAUUGCUUAACAAGUUGAAGGAUUUGGAUUGGGGAAAAUCAGCCGCUGGCUGUAAGUAUUCAAGAGAAGCCACCAAUGUUACUUCGCUCCCUCACAGUGGCUUCGGCUUCACUACAGGAGUUAGAUCAGCUUAUGGCAAAUCGGAUUCAAGUAAAGCUAUCGAGGAAGUUGCUUCGCUAUCUGGCUUCAUACUAUCAGUUGAUUUGGGCAGAGGUGGUACAGAAAUUAGUGACCUUAUCACCUAUUUAUUUGUAUGCCUUCGUGAGGAAUUGAUUCGCAAUCUUCCACAUCAUCAAGUAGGUUUAAAACUUCGUGUGAGAGAAGUGCUUGGUUUGUUGGAGUGGGAAUACAUUCAUUUGAAAGAUACGGUCGUAAUUGGAAUUUUUGGGACUGGAGGUGUUGGAAAAACUGCUAUUGCCAGAGCUAUUUAUGAUAGAAUUGGAGGCAAUUUUGAGUGUAGAAGUUUCCUUGAAAAUAUCAAUGAUUCAUGGGAGAGAGAUAAAGGCCUAGUUCUUUUACGAAGGCAACUUAUUUCAGAUAUUUCUAAAAGUAAACUUGAUGAGAUAAGUGAUGUUGAAGUGUCAAUUGAUCAAAUGAAGCAAGUACACAAUAGAAGAGCACUAUUAGUUCUUGAUGAUGUAACCCAAGUAGGCCAACUCUUGGCAUUGUGGAGAAGUAAAGUGGGGUUUGGCAAGGGGAGUUUGAUAUUCAUUACAGCAAGAGAUAAGGAUAUACUUGAUGGUAUAUUACAGUGGUUUGGUUUUGACAUUACAUUCAAAUUAUAUGAAAUGAAAACGUUGGACAGGAGUGAGUCUCUCGAGCUUUUCAAGUUGCAUGCAUUUAAGAAAUUAAGUCCAACAAAUGAUUUUUUGGUUCUUUCCAUGCAAGCAAUCAGUUACUGUGAAGGACUACCACUAGCUCUUGAAAUUAUUGGCUCCCUUUUGCAUGACAGGACAAAAUCAGAGUGGAAAAAAGUAUUGCAUAAAUUGAAAGAAAUUCCAGAUGGUCAAAUACAAAAUAAGCUCAGGAUAAGCCUUGACUUUUUAACUGAUUCAGAGAAAGAUUUGUUCUACAAUAUAGCUUGCUUCUAUGUGGAUCAAAGUGAACACAAUGUUCUACAAUUAUUAAAGGGCUUGAGAUUUCCAGUAGAAAAGGCAAUGCAUGAAAUCAUUAACCGAAGCCUUGUAAAGAUUGUGAAUGGCAAGAUUCAUGUUCACAAUUUGUUGCAAGAGAUAGGAAAGGGAAUCAGUCCUAAUAAGCCAAAGCUCAAAUAUUUAUAUGAUGUGUUCCUGAGUUUUAGAGGGGAAGACACACGUAAAGCAUUUACUACUCAUCUCUGUACUGCUCUUAAACAGUCAGGUAUUGAAGUCUUCAUGGAUGAAGAAAGGAUUGAAAGGGGAGAAAUUAUUUCACACUCACUUCUACAGGCAAUUGAAACUUCUAGGAUGUCAAUCAUUAUAUUCUCAAAAAAUUAUGCUGGCUCUAGUUGGUGCUUGCAAGAAUUAGAGAAAAUCAUGGAGUGCCACAAAAUUUAUCAAGAGGUUUUCCCUAUAUUCUAUGAUGUGCGACCAUCUGAAGUUCGUAAACAACAGAAUGCCUUUGGAAAAGCAUGGGAGAGGCUUAUAACAAGACCUUCAACUAGCAAAGCUAAGAAAUUGACAAUCAAUUUGCGUAGAGCCCUCACUGAAGCUGCCAAUUUAUCUGGAUGGGAUAUGCAAAACUACAGAACUGAAACUCAAUUGAUUGAUGAUGUUAUUGAAACUAUUACAUUGAAGUUACAUGAUAACAAGCACCUGUUUGUUGCUCAACACCCAGUGGGAUUGAAAUCUCGUGUGGAAGAUAUCAUCCAAUUGUUAACUAGUAAAUCAAAUGAGGUUAUCAUGGCUGGGAUUUGGGGGAUGGGAGGGAUUGGUAAGACAACCAUUGCUAAAGCCAUUUACAAUGAAAUUGGUCAAAGUUUUGCAGGAAAGAGUUUUCUUGCGAAUAUAAGGGAAGUUUGGAAGCAAGAUAAUGGCCAAGUUUAUUUGCAAGAACAACUUCUUUCAAGAAUUUUAAAAACAAGAAAGAUAACACUACCAAAUGUAGAAAUGGGGAAAACUCUAAUCCAUGAAAUGCUUUGUCAAAAGAGGGUGCUUCUUGUACUUGAUGAUGUGAAUAAUGAAGACCAACUCAAAGUGUUGUGCGGAAGUCAUGAAUGGUUUGGGCCAGGGAGUAGAAUAAUUAUCACUACAAGAGAUGAACGUUUGCUUAAGAUCCUAAGAGUCAAUCAUGUAUAUAGUAUGAGAGAAAUGGAUGACAAUGAAUCUCUUGAACUUUUUAGUUGGCAUGCGUUUAAGCAAGCUAUCCCUGAACAAGAUUUUAUUGAACAUUCAAGAAGGGUAUCUUCUUACACGGGAGGGUUGCCACUAGCUCUUGAAGUCCUUGGCUCUUAUUUGUUUGAUAAGAAAAUAACCUUUUGGGAAAGUGUUUUGGAGAAAUUACAACGAAUUCCAAAUGAUAGAAUACAUGAAAAGCUAAAAAUAAGUUUUGAUGGUUUGGGUGACCAUACAGAGAAAGAGAUAUUUCUUGACAUAUGUUGUUUUUUUGUUGGGAAAGAUAGAAGCUAUGCUGCACAAAUAUUAAAUGGUUGUGGACUUCAUGCUGAAAUUGGAAUUAAUCGUCUAAUAGAGCUUAGCCUUGUAAAAAUUAACAACAAAAAUAAGCUUGACAUGCAUGACUUACUAUGUGACAUGGGAAAAGAAAUCAUUCGUGAGCAGUCACCGGAGGAGCCUGAGAAGCGUACUCAAUUAUUUUUGCAUGAUGAUGUGUUGGAUGUGCUGAGAAAUAAUAUAGGAACAAUAGCUAUCAAGGGAUUGGCUCUAAACUUGUCAAGAAACAAUUCAUUAUCCUUGAGUACCAAAGCAUUCAAGGGGAUGAGGAGGCUUCGUUUACUCCAAUUUGAUCAUGUACAACUUAUUGGAGACUAUUGUUUUCUAUCUAAAGAAUUGAGAUGGCUUUGUUGGUAUGGAUUUCCCUUGGAAAGCAUGCCGCCUAACUUAAGUCUAGAAAAGGUGGUUAUUGUAGACUUAAAGUGGAGUAAUCUCACCAAAGUAUGGGAGACAAGCUAGAUGUUAGAGUGGUUGAAAAUUCUCAAUCUGAGUCAUUCCCAUUACUUGGUACAAACACCUGACUUUUCGAAGCUACCAUUUCUUGAAAAGUUAUUACUUAAAGAUUGUUCAUGUUUGUCUAUGGUUCACCCCUCCAUUGGAGAACUCAAAUGUAUUACUUUGCUAAAUUUAAAGGAUUGCAAAGGUCUCAACCAUCUCCCAAGAAGUAUAUAUAACUUGAAAUCUUUGAAAACUCUCAACCUUUCUGGUUGUUCAAAGAUUAGAAAGUUGGAAGAAGACAUCGAGCAAAUGGAAUCCUUGACAACUUUGGUGGCAAAUCAAACUGCUAUAACACAAAUUCCCUACUCGCUAGUGAGAUUAAAAAGUGUGAAAUAUGUAUCUCUAUGUGGCUAUGAAGGAUUAUCACGUGAUGCAUUUCCUUCUCUAGUUUUGUCUUGGAUGUCGCCAACUAUCUAUUCAAAGUCCUUGUUCCGAUCAUUUAGUACCAUACCAUCUUUAAUUAAGGGUCUAUCUCAUCCUUUCUUUGCCAGAAGCUAUGAAAUAAUAGAAGCAAGACCAAGCACAUCUCAAGCUUCAUGUAAAAAAACUCCAACAUUACUUGGUUUUCAUGAAGAAGUUCACAAGGAAAGGUCGGAAAAUUUUUUGAAUUCUCUAUCUAUUCAGGUUGGUGGGUUCAACAAUGUUACUGAUACACUUUUGAAGAGUAUUUCACAGGGAUUCAAUGAUGGAGGGCUUGACUAUUCUCUUCCAAGCGACAAUUAUCCUGAUUGGCUAGCUUUUGAAAACGAAGAAUCCUCAGUAUCAUUUAAAGCGCCUCAAGUUGCUGGUCGUUGCUUAAAAGGGGUGGUGCUCUAUAUUGUUUAUUCAUCUCUUCAAGAUAACAUGACAACUGUAUAUCCAGUUAGUCUCAUGAUAAAGAAUUUGACAAAGGCUACCAUAGAAUUCUACAAGCAAGAUGCAGCAACAAUUUAUGCUGAGGAUGAAUGGAGGAAAAUACUUUCUAAUUUGGAGCCAGAAAAUGAGGUGGAAGUUAUAGUAAAUUUUGCGCACAAAUAUACCAUAAAGAAGACUGCAAUCUAUCUGGUAUAUGGUGAAGAGCUAACAAGCUACGAAUCAGUGAAUAAUGUUAAAACAUAGAAAAAUGGGAGGAUAAUGUCACAAGACCAUGUGGAAACAAAUACCAAGUGAAGUGGAGGUUGAAGGCUUUGAAACUCUUCUACUUGUUUUUACUUCUUUGAUUUGUUGAGGUAAUUAAUGUCACAAAAAUUGUUGAGGAAAGAAAAAGAUAAUCCUAAAUUUUUGUCAUAGUAUUAGAGCUCACUUCCAUCUCUAGUAUCAUAAUACUCACCCAUUCUCUUUGUUAAAAAGUAAUCAAUUCCUGUUAUAUAGUUUGUGACAUUUAUAAUGGUGCCCACUUGUUUAGUAAUAGUUUUUAAAGCCCAUUGGGCCUUUCUUUAAGUGACUCAAACCCUUGACCCAUGGACCCAAAUCCAUCACCAAUUUACCCAAAUUCUUAGGCACUCACUUAAAGCAACUCAACUCUCCUUUAUUAUGGAACUUCAGGCUCAAUAUUGAUGAGAAUUUCUGUUCUUUUGGUCAAAUAAGAAAAAGUUGUUAUAAUCCUAAACUUUCAUCUGAGCUGAACAAAUGUUGAUUUUGGUGAUCUCUUAGAAUUUGAAGGUUGAAGAUGCUCUGAAGCUUGAGCUCUAGAGGGGUGCAGACAAGCACAAAGAGUAUAGAUAUAUUUACUAUCUUCCAUAUGGAUUUUUCUGCAUUCGUGUGACUGUUUGUUCAAAUUUUAGUUUUUGACCCAUCACAAGGGAAUGGUAUUGGAAUGGUCUUGGUUUCUCUAAGAAAUAUGGUGGACAAAAAGGAAUGAAUUGAGAUUCACGAUUAUGGUGUUGGACCAUUGGGGGAGAUAGAGGUCAAGUAUUUGUUAUAGUAGGGAGCAAAAGGUAGCCAAAGAUUACUUGUUCAAGCACUUACGGUAGCAAUGGCCAAGAGACCUCUGAUGACACUCACUGAAUCGAGUUUUCAAGUAAGACUUUUACCACCAGUUUCAUUGAUCAAGUGAUCUUCUGGGCUCCAAAUCCAUAUUGGGAGGAGUUAACAAAGAAUUAUUGAACAGUUUCAAAGCUUGAACUACAUUGGAGGCUUCACUCAAACAAAAGGAAAAGGUGAAGAUGGAUAGGUAUUAUAUAACACAAUGGCUUGAAGGUGGACCAAAUAGAGUCUCUUCACAUAGAGAUGCUGAAAUAUCAAUUGAGAGGAAAAAGUGCUUUAAAAGGAUGUUUCCACAUGAAGAAGAGAGAAAAUUGGUUAUGAAUAAGUUUUCAAAGUUUUUUGGAUGUUCAGAUGAGUUCUCUUUUAUUGAUUCCAUACAAGUUAGAUGGAUAUUAGAGCCGAAGGUUUGGUGGAGCAAUCAUAGUGUUGAUGCUCCUAAACUUCAAGGACUGCAUUGAAACUUCUUAGUCAACCAUGCUCAUUAUCUUGUUGUGAAAGAAAUUAGAGCACUUACUCUUUCGUUCAUUCACUAAAGAGAAACAAGAUGCUUCCAAAAAAAGCGAAAAACUUAGUUUUUGUUCAUUCAAAUUUUCAUCUUUUUUCAAGAAAGAGUGAGAAGUAUUCCACUGGAGAAAGUAGAUUGUGGGAUAUUAGUGGAGAUUGUUGGGAAAUAGAUGAUGCUGAAAAUCUUGAAGUUGCAAGUUUAUCUCUAGAUGAGUCAAUUUUAGAAAGAAAACUUAUAGGAGAAAGUGGUGAUGUCAAUGAAGAUGGGAAAGAUUAGAAUUACUUUAAGUUGAUAAUUAUCUUUUGCCACUUGAUGGUGUUUAAGUGCUUAACUACUUAUUGUAUUAUAUUUUGUGAUGGCAUUAGACAUCUUGCAAUUGUAUUUUUAGACAUCCAAAUAUUUAAUAUUUAAUUAUUUAUAUAGUCAUACUCGUACCCUAAAAUUUUAAAAAAUAGCCGUGUCCACGUAUCGUAUCGUACCCGACACUUGUACUCGUAUCGGUGCUUCUUAGGUAAUUUCUUUGACCCGAGUAUAGGGCCGAAUUGUGUGUGAAGUAGGUGUCCUAGGUUAUAUGAAUACUGCUAUGAAAAGCCACAAAUCAACAAGAUAAUGAUCAAUGUACACUAUUUUUUUUUAGAUCUAAAUAUUAGACUAAACACAGUUUAAAAUUAGAAUUGCAAUGCUCUAAGAAACAUAAGUACUAAACAAUAAAAAUUACAGACCUAGCUAUGAAUAGAAUACUUCCCUUUAAGAACCAAAUAAGUCAGUUAAACGAGAGGGUCGUCGGCCUUACCAACAUAGCUUUAGGAGCCUAAAACAUGAAAUUUUACCCCUAACAAAGCUUUAGAUGAUGACUUGUGCCUCUCAGCUUCUCCAGAAUUGAAGAAAUUCCGCAAAAACACAAGAAAAAUGCUGAAGGUUAGGUUCUGGUGAUAUUGUAUGGACGGUGCGUGCGGCGGUGGACAGAGGUGAGUUUUCUGGUGCUGACCAAAUUUCCCUUCUUGAGCACGAUAGUGGUGUUCGUUUUGUGAAAUGAUGUUGGGAAAUGUGGUUUCUGGCUCUAGCAGUGUGAAAACAAAGUAUGCAGGGCUUUCUGGUGAGUUUUCUCUGAUCUCCGGCAGUAGGAACAAUCUAAGAGCAUUUAGAGCCGAGCUUUGAUACCAAGUUGAUGUAACACACACACACACACACACACACACACUUGCUCAAAACAAAAGGGAAAUGGGAAUAGAGACAGAAACAGAGAGUAGGAGGUGAAAGGGGAGCGAGAACAGAGAAGGAGAAAAGAGAGAGAUGUGACAGAAAACAGAGAAAGAGAGGGAAGGGAAGAGGGAUGCAGAAGUGAAGGGAGAGAUGGAGCUUUCAGAAAUUCAUAAUGUUUCAUAUAUUCAUUCAUCAAUUCUCCUCUCAAAUACAUUUCAGCAUCCUUUUUAUGGGCAUGAGGUUUCCUUCUCAAUGAGGAAACCUCUACCCACAUGCUAAAAGCAAAAUUGUAAAAUAUUCCCAAUUGUUGAAAAGGAAACUGACAAACAAAAGUAAUUGAAAAGUAACACAGCUAUAAUCAUCUUCAUCUAAAGUAGCGUUUUCCAUAUUUCUUAUCACUACUAUACAUAAAUUAAAAUUGAGACAAGUUUUAGCCACUUUGGAAGCUGUUUGUUGCUUUAUUGUGACAAUCAUGUCAAUAAGAUAUAUUCUCUCUGAUUCUAAAUCCGGAAACUAGUUAACUAAUUCACAUAAACUGAGAAAUUUAGUUAAGUUGGUUAGUUGUUAAUGUGUCAACAUUUUGUCAUAGUUUUACUAAAACACCCCUCCCAUUCAAUGUAGGGUAUUUUCUUUGCAAUGAAAAAAUUGUGCAAUAAAUAAGGGUAGUUUGAGAGCGAAAUAAAUUAAUGAGGGAGACAAAAGAGGUUGAUAUUUUACAAGUAUGAUCAAAACAAAAUUUUCAACUAACUUUUACAUUUCGAAUUGAAGAGAGUAUUUGAUUAUGCAUUGUGAGGAUAAAAAGUUUUCUCUAGCCAUAUCAUUGUGACAUGGUUGCAUCAGUGCAUAGAUGGUGAGUGUUUCAAAUGUUUUCUCAUGAAAUCAUCAUUAAUUGACACAAUAAAUCUGGUAUGUGAGACCCUACGUGAGAAAUUUUUAAUCCUUUAAAUUUGCCUCAAUUAUUGAUUUAGUCAUUCAAGUUUAAUUUUUAUCCUUGACAAUGCUUCUUGCAAAAGAAACUGCUAUAACACAAGUUCUCUCUUCACUGGUGAGAUUAAAAAGCAUCAAAUGUGUCAUUAUAUGGUUACGAAGGAUCAUCACAUGAUGUAUUUCCACCUCUCAUUUGGUCUUGGAUGCCCCCAACAGAUGAUUCAAGAUCCCUCAUUCAAACUUUCUAGCGUGCCAUUUUUAUUAAAAAAUCUAUUUCAUAAUCUAUCUAACCAAAGUAGUCAAAAUUUGGAAGCAAGCCCACGCACGUCCCUAGUGUCAAGUGCAAAAGCUCUAGCAUUAAAUAGCUCUCAUGACCAAGCUGACAAUGCAGAGGCUGAAAAUUUCUCGAGUUCCCUUACUAUUCAAGUGGGAGGAUUCAAUAGAAUUGUUGAUGCGUUAUUGAAGAGUAUCCCGCAGGUUUUGUAUUUAUCUCUUAAACAUUAUAAAUAUUGCUUUUAACAUUGCAUAAUCAAUAUUUAAAUAAUCAUUUUUUAUCAUGAACUAUAUUGGUAUCCAUACCCAAGGUUGUGUUAACUGUACACUGUCAAAGGGUGCUAGACUACAAUUGCUCAAGAUGUUGGAAAUGCUUGUUCAGGGUGCUAGACUACACUCUUUCUAUUAAUGGAUGGUUAACAAUAGCUGUUGGUGACACUUGAAGAAUUUAUCACAUUGCACAAACAUACUUAAUUCCUUAACCUAUACUGGAAAUCGGCAAUGUUUCAAUACAAUAUUGACGUUUUCUUCUCAUAUUGUGUCUGCGUGCAUGUGUAUAUUGUUGAGUAAUUGUAAAUUUUUUAUAAAAAUUUUGAAGAUUUUUUUAAUUACUCUCUAUAUCACUGUGUGUGUGUGUGUGUGUGUUUUUUUUUUUUUCUUAAUCAAUAUACCUCUAAAAGCUAAAACAUAAGUGAUUGGAAAGUAUGAACAUUAGGCGUUUUUCAUUAUUGUGAUCAUUAUAUAAAGCCUUUGCAACUAUUGCAACAGGUGACUAUUGUGUGGCCUUUUUUCUCAAUUAAAUAGAGUGCCUCUUUUCUUAUGUUCAUGGAAUAGGGAUGGAGUGACAAAGGACUUGGCUUUUCUCUUCCUGGAGACAAUUAUUGGCUAGCUUUUGAAAAUGAAGGUUCCUCAACAUCAUUUAUAGUGUCUCAAGUUGUUGGUCGUUGUUUAAAAAGGAUGAUCAUCUGCAUUAUCUAUUCGUCCCAAGGUAGCAUGACAUCUUUAUAUCCUAUUAGUGUCACGAAAAAGAAUUUCACAAAAGCAACCAUCGAGGUUUACCAGAGAGAUGCUGCAACUACUGGUGAUGAGGAAUGGGAAAACAUUAUAUCCAGUUUUGAACCUGACAAUGGAAGUUAAUUUUGCACAUAAAUGUAUUGUGAGGAAGACUGCGGUUUAUCUGGUAUAUGAAGAUGAAAUUGACAAAAAAUGGUUUGAGCAUCAAUGAAAGAAUUAUCAAAUAGCGCUGAAUCUCUGACCACAUACAUGGGAGGAUUAAUCUCACAUCACUCGAACAGAAAAAGUGGAGGGUCAUGCAAAUGACAAAUGCUUUGGGAUUCCUUUCAAGCUUUUUGUAAUUUGCUGGGGAAAGAGAGAAACAUCUUCACUUCUUGUCAGACUCUCACAACAAAGCAAGGGAAGGGUUCCCAAUUUGCAAUUGCUAGCAGGGCUGCUUGGAGAAUGUAGCAUUCGGAUAAUUACCCUUCUUAAUAUCAUAUAUAGAAAUUGAUAUUUUUAAGAAUGGGUGUUUGGUUAGGGGAGAAUUAGUCUAUACAAGUCAUGUAACCAAUUUUAUAUAAUUCAUAUCAUAUUUGUUAAAUAGGAUCAAGAUUACGUGUAUGUAAAUGAUUUCCAAUUCCUUCCAUCUGUGAUGGCCAUAGAUUAUGUGAGAGAGUAGAUAAAACCUGACUCUUUGCUCUAAAUUUUUUUAUCCUUUCUCGUACUGUUAGAGGACAAAAAUGAGUGGAAACUUUAUUUUCA